AACGUGAGUCCUUCAAGUUGAAACUGCAUCUUUCACAUGGAUCGCUGCAAAUACCGCAAGCAAACCGUAAGCCGCAAAUAGGAUAUAUUGCUGGUCGCGCCUUUUCACAGAGUUGUUCGCUUAUACAUAGUGUCCCCGCCUUAGGCGCGUGUGCGUUGCCCUCCAGCUUUCCUAUCAGAAGGACUCAAGGACCAGAAGAACCUUAGCUGUUCAUUCACCUUCAAAGUUUAGAAGCGACCAGCAAAGAUGGAGAUCCUUCAGGUCCUUGAAAACUACUUGUGGACCUGUCUCUUCCAAGUUUCUACGACGCUCCAUGGAAUCCUCCCAUACUCUGUCCAAAUUCUUUUACAACACUUGCUGAGCACUUUGGGCAUCGUGACGUAUGUCUCCUCGAUACUUUCUGCACCUCCUAGCUUUCCGAGUUCUGGUAAUGGUCUCUGGUAUACUGCACCUGGGAUGAUAUGGACUGAGGAAUGGCUACCCAUUGGCAAUGGAUACUUGGGUGCGAUGCUACCUGGCGGUACUAGCCAAGAGGCCACACAGCUCAACAUCGAGUCCCUAUGGUCGGGAGGUCCCUUCCAGGACCCCUCGUACAAUGGAGGCAAUCACUUGCCUUCCCAGCAGGCUCGAAUAGCCGAGAAUAUGCAGAGCAUCCGCGGAGCUAUAUUUUCCAGUUCUACAGGGACAAUUGACAAUAUCGACGAGAUCAUGACACCUUCCGGCACAUAUGGUUCAUACGCCAGCGCGGGGCACUUGCUCGCAACAUUGAAUUCAAGCGGCUCGAUCUCGAAUUACGCAAGGUGGUUGGACCUGGAUGAAGGCGUGUCUCGCACCACCUGGUCUGAUGGAAGCACUACUUUUCUCCGGGAAUCCUUCUGCUCUCAUCCGCUCCAAGCAUGCGUACAAUACCUGAACAGCACGACUUCUCACGUGCUUCCAGCUCUUACUUACGCAUACACUGUUGCCGCAGUCGACGGCCUCCCAGCACCGAAUGUUACCUGCCUGGAUGACACAACGCUGAGUAUUAGGAACUAUGUCUCCAUCCCCGGGAUGCUCUAUGAGAUUCUCGUGCAGGCGCAGGCACCUGGCGGAUUGGUCUCUUGCUCUGCGGUGCCCGGGUCGAUUCCGCCCAAUGCUACAUUGACCGUUGUGGGUGCAUCUGAGGCGUGGGGACCAGAUCCACACAAUAAUCUCGUCACAUUGCUUUCAUCCGCUAAUCUUACAUCUUAUGCUGAGAUGCUGAAUGGGCACAUUAAAGACUAUACCUCCAUCGUUACCCGUUUCUCACUUUCCCUGGGACAGACUCCGGAUCUGAAUACCCCCACAGAUCAAAUUCUUGCUGGAUAUCAGACUUCCGUUGGGAACGCUUACUUGGAAUGGGUCCUAUUCAACUAUGGAAGAUAUCUCCUAGCUAGCAGCGCUAGAGGCACCCUGCCCGCAAAUUUACAGGGUAUAUGGGCUGAUGGGUAUUCGAACCCUUGGGGCGCUGACUCCAAUAUCAACAUCCAAAUGAACUAUUGGCCCGCCGAAAUGACGAAUCUAGAUGUGACUCAGUCACUCUUUGACUAUAUUCAGAAUACGUGGGGACCCCGUGGCGCGUACACCGCUCAGGUUCUGUACAACAUCAGCGAGGGAUUUGUAACACACGGUGAAAUGAAUAUCUUCGGCCAUACGGGUAUGAAGCUUGGCGGGAACUCUGCUCAAUGGGCCAAUUAUCCAGAAUCUAAUGCUUGGAUGAUGAUACAUGCAUGGGAUCAUUUUGAUCAUACCAAUGACGUACAAUGGUGGAAGACGCAAGGAUGGCCGUUAGUCAAGUCUGUUGCCAGCUUUCAUCUAGAGAAGCUCAUCGAGGACCUGUACUUCAACGAUCUGACCCUAGUUACCGCACCGUGCAAUUCGCCGGAGCAGGUCCCUAUUACUCUCGGUUGUGCACAUGCCCAGCAGCUGAUCUGGCAGCUCUUCAAUGCAAUCGAGAAUGGUUUCGAGGCAGCCGGUGAUACAGACACCGCCUUUCUGGAUGCAAUUAUUUCCAAACGGCAGCAGAUGGACAAAGGGCUGCGUAUCGGACGGUGGGGUCAACUGCAAGAGUGGAAAGUCGACAUGGAUACGCCGGAUGAUACCCAUAGGCAUCUUAGCCAUCUGAUUGGCCUAUAUCCCGGUUAUGCAAUAGCAUCUUAUUCUCCUGUGUUCCAAGGUGGUCUGAUUGUCAACGGGACCUUCAUGAAUUAUACCAAGGAACAACUUUUGAACGCCGCGGAGACCAGUCUAAUUCAUAGAGGCAUUGGAAGGGGCCCUGACGCGGAUGCAGGAUGGGAGAAAAUUUGGAGGGCUGCUGCUUGGGCUCAGCUCGCCAACGAGACUGAAUUCUACAAGGAGCUUACUCAUGCCAUCGAGACAAAUUUUGCGCCCAACCUCUUUGACCUGUACACAUCUGGUGGAAUCUUCCAGAUCGAUGCAAACUUGGGGUAUCCUGCCGCUGUUUUGAAUGCACUGCUGCAAGCACCCGACGUUCAGAAUAUCAAGGUUCCACUCCAGGUUACGCUUCUACCUGCUCUUCCGCCCACAUGGUCGGCUGGCGAAAUGAGAGGCGCGCGCAUACGUGGUGGGAUCACUCUCGACCUUGCGUGGAACGAAGGUAAACCAACGACAGCAACUUUUACUGUCGAUCAGGACAUUGCAGGGCGAGAGAGAGAUGUGUUGGUGAACUAUGGUGGGAAAGUCGUAGCAGAGUUUAGGAGCAAUGGGGGAUAUACCCAAACUGUUUCUUCGUUUUGAGAGUCCAACGAACGAAGUGGAGAAUUCUUUGAUCCUCUUUAUAGUUAGAGUCAUGUUAGUCAAUUACCUGCGUAGCAUUAAUGGGGUAGUGGUAACCUGGGUCGUUGCCAUCGACCCGCCGGGGGUUCGAUUCCCUCUUAAUGCAUAGUCCGGA